AUGUUUGGGAGUAGCGUCGGCAAGCUGGAGUUGCGGUACCUGAAAGGAGGCAGCUGGAGCUUGCGCUGGUCCCGGCAAGCAAACCAAGGGUCUGACUGGCUUCAGGCCAAGGUCACGCUCCCAAGCGGGGUGGAGAUGCUCCGCUUUGUGUACUCCGAUGCGGCAACCCAAGAAACCGAAGUAGCUUUGGACGGAAUCCUCGCCUGGGAGGGGCCCGAAGCAGCCCCUGCGGUGUUCCUAAGCCUUUCCUCUGGUGGUUGGCACAACUGUGCAGUUCUCAGCGCCGAAGGCCUCCUGAAGUGCUGGGGAAUGGGAUUUUUCGGCCGCUUGGGUUCCGGCAGCCAGGCAAAUGCGGGCACCGCUCCCGGUGAGAUGGGGGAGAGCCUUCCGGCCGUGGACCUCGGGGAGCCCGGCCUUCGAGUGACUCAGGUGGCCUGCGGUGCUUAUCACACCUGUGCAGUUCUCGAGACUGGCCUGCUGAAAUGCUUCGGGUACAACGAUGCUGGCCAGCUUGGCUAUGGACACACCGACAACGUUGGAGACGGUCCUUCUGAGAUGCGCGAACACCUGCCGGCCGUGGACCUCGGCCCUGGCGUGGAGGUGAUGCAGGUGGCCGCUGGAUAUUCCCACACCUGCGCUCUGCUUCGAGGCCCAGGUGGACUGGUGAAGUGCUUCGGCUGGAGCAACGUGCUGGGCUUGGGAGACACGCUGAACCGCGGCGACGAGCCCGGCGAGAUGGGCUCGGCGCUCCCGGCGGUUGACCUCGGCACGGACUUCGAAGCGGUGCAGCUGGCCUUGGGAGAAUACCACAGCUGUGCGCUGUCAAGCCAAGGUGCCGUGAAAUGCUGGGGAUGGAGCACCGACCUUGGACUGGGACUUGACGACAGUGAAGGGUACAUCGGCGCCGGCCCCAACGAGAUGGGUGAUGCUCUACCUGCAGUGGAUUUGGGUCCCCUUCCUGCCGUGCAGAUCGCAGCCGGGGCACAGCAUACCUGCGCCGUGCUGGCGGACGGCUCCGUAAAGUGCUGGGGUGUGAAUGAUGAUGGGCAACUUGGACACGGUAACCGUGAAGCCGCCGGUGACCAGCCCGGUGAGAUGGGCCUGAACCUUCCUGCUACGGAUCUGGGCGAGGGCAUGACGGUUCUCCGUAUCACUGCAGGCAAUUUUCACACCUGUGCCAUCCUCCAAGAUGCAACCCUCAAGUGCUGGGGCUGGGGAUUGAACGGCCAGCUUGGCCAGGGCAGCACAGCGAGCUUGGGGGACAAGCCCUCGGAGAUGGGCUCCAAUCUCCGCGCGGUCGGCCUCGGCAAUCGCGAAGUACGCGAUGUGAUUGCCGGUUUCGGACACACCUGCGUGCUCUUGAACGACGACAGCACAAGGUGCUGGGGCCAGGGCAGUUCUGGCGAGCUGGGCAUUGGCAGCACGCAGAGCGUCGGUGAGGUGCCAGGCGAGCUUGGUGUGGCUUUGGUGCCUGCGGAGCUCUUCCCCCUGACCUUUGGUGCUGCUGGCCUCCAGGGUCUCAGCUUGCUUGCCGUCGCAGACCAUGGCUUUGCCACAGGGCUUCUUCAAUUGCAGCACGACACGUCCAUCGGCCAAGUCUGCGACGAUGGCGUUAACGAUCGGGUGGCGCAAGUGGCCUGCCGGGAUCUCGGCCUGGCCGGUGGCAGGGCCCUGCCGGCCCUAGCAAUGUGGGGUGCUGCCAGGGCUGGCACCAUCCUCGCUGACAACGUUCGGUGUACAGGCACAGAAGUGAGCCUUCGCAACUGCAGCUUCCGCGGCUGGCACCUGCACGACUGCGCUCCUGAAGAAGCCGCAGGCGUCGAGUGCAAGUCGGACGCGUGGAGCGAGUACACGCCCUCCGCAAGCCCAGCCGGGCGCCAGGAGGCUUCGAUGGUUUGGGACACCGCGACUCAGUCUGCAUGGAUGUUCGGGGGCCACGCCAGCAACGCCUUCCUCUACUUCGCGGACCUGUGGCACUACGACUGGCCUCGGCGAGCUUGGGCAGAGAUCCUGCCGCUGAACGAGGGCCCGACCCCAGGCAGCAGAUGGGGCCACGCAGCUGUGUGGGAUUCGAAUUCCAGGUCUAUGCUGAUUUUUGCAGGCAGGUCUCAAGUCACCUUCUACGAUGACACCUGGCAGUUUCGCAGUGAGGGCAGCACCUGGACUCAAUUGCCUGCGAAGCCGUCGGCACGUGCUUACCACACCGCGAUCCUGGACCCCGUGGAAAAUGCGGUGCUCGUCUUCGGGGGAGAGACCAGCAAUGCAGGAGUGUUGGAGGACCUCCAGCGCUACAGUUUGGCAGACGGCCAGUGGAGCGAGUCUCCUACGACAGGGGCCGGAGCCCGCAGCCGGCACACAGCCGUCUGGGUGCCCACGACCCGCUCUAUGCUCGUUUUUGGCGGGUGGAGUGGGCAGCAGUACCUGGAUGACCUCCGCAGCUACGAUGCUUCAGCAGGCACCUGGACCGACUUGUCAGCUGCAGGAUAUUGGCCUGCGGCUCGUGCUGGGCAUGCCGCUGCUUGGGACCCGGUUUCAAUGAGCAUGCUAGUCAUGGGCGGCAUCACCAAUGGGAGCAACGACCUCAGCUACGAUGCCUCUCUGUACAACUACAGCCUCUUGACGAACUCCUGGAAGGAAGAGGGCUUGCAAACCGAGAUCUCAGGCCCGACCGGCCGUUCGGGUCAUGCCAUUGUUUGGGAUGACUCUUCUCGUGGGCUGCUGUCCUUCGGUGGCUUCAAUGCCUCCUACUUGCACCAAACUUGGCGAUACGUGGUCUCUCAGACCAGCUCGCCCUGGCUGGUCAACUUCACGCAAGGCCGCAACUGUUCCUUCCGCUGGAAUGCCUCGGGCUUUGGCGCUGUGAAGCGCACCUGCUCCGACGCGGACACUUUGGCAGGACUCCUGCUCUCUGAAGCGGAGGAUGAUCUCUGGAGAAUCGGAGGCAGUGUAUCCCCUUUCUUGGCAGAACCGGGGCAUCACCGCCUGUGCUGGUGUGACACCAACUGCAGUCAUCCUGACAACUUCAGUGUGACAGUGGGCUACUUUGUCGUGGAGGGGCCGCAGCUGCGCCAGUCUGCUCAAUGCUACCUAGGCAGGGACUGUACGAUUUCAGAGUGGAGAGGAGUUGGCAUUUCCGUGAACGACAGCAUCGUGAUGAAGAGCCGAUGCAGCGGAGAGGCCCAGGUCGCUUCCACCUACUCGCAGCGUUCGGUCACCAUCUCUUUCAACGAGUCGUACGGCUGGUACACCUUGCACGUGGGCUUCCUGGAUCCAACGGAAGGCCUACAGCCUGAAGCUUUGGAGCUUUGCUGGUGCCCUGCCAUGGGCCCUUGCGCUUCGACAGAGGACUUUCGUGUGGUCGCCCUGAGCUUGGACGUCAUCUGCCCACCCGGCGAGUACAGCGAAGGGCCCGGCUCCUUCUGCCUGCCCUGUCCGGCGAACCACUUCUGCCGCGGAGGAUCGGACAUGCAGAGCUGUCCGUCGGCGAGCACUUCGGCACAGGGCUCAAGCCAGCUCUCCGAUUGCCUGUGCCUUCAAGGACGCUACUGGGAUGCAGAGAGCGCCAUCUGCUUGGUGUGCCCGGCUGGGUCUUCGACGUUGCAGGAAGGAGCCACCAGCCUUGCGUCCUGCACGUGCAUGCCGGGCUUCUUCAACACGCAGCCCGACAAUCCUGCAGUUUGCGAAGCUUGCGGCGUGGGCUUCUUCUGCACAGGGGGCCUGCAGACGCGGCAGGCGUGUGCUCCGUCCCAAGCCACCGAGAGCGACACUUCUGCAGGGCUGGCAGCUUCUUGGAAGACGGGCUUUGCACCCCAUGUCCAGUUGGAUUUUUCAAGGGCAGCGUUGGAGACUUCCCGUGCUCGCCGUGCGGUACUGGCACCUUCAGCAACGACACUGGAAGCACAGAGCGCUGCAGAUGUCGACAGGGCUACGGUUUUGACGAGGAGAUCGCACAGUGCACACCAUGCCUUCCGGGCGAAUACAAAGAACUGGUGGGCGACACCCCGUGCAGCCGGUGCUCUGCCAGUAAAACCUCUAUGGAGGCUGCCAUGUCUCCCUUUGACUGUCAAUGCCGCUCAGGUCUUGCAGCAGAGGGCGAAACCUGCCGAGACUGCAGAGAAGGCUUCUUCUGCCCGGGCCAGGGUGAAGAGCAGCGAUGCCAGGAUAAUGCCACCUCACGCGUCGGCUCCAUCUUGCAGGCAGAUUGCCUGUGCCUCCCAGGGUUCUAUGCCCUUGAAGCUCAGGGCAUCUGUGAGCCUUGCCAGCCUGGACGAUACAAGCCAACAUUGGCUAACGAUGCAUGGUGCCCUUUACAGUGCCCCACGAACGCCGAGAGUGCCAAUGCGUCCACAAACUUAA